GUAUUAUAUAAGUACGUCGGUUGGUGUUCAGACUUGUGAGCAGCAGUCUGCGUUUCAGCCGAGGAAGAGAACUUGUACCUUCUGCUGCACAAGGGAACAAAGAACAAUGGCUAACAUGCAACUAUGGGGAUGUCUUAUUGUGCUCCUGGGCUUCUCUGCACAAAUUCAUGCAGCAGCCCAAACUGUAAAUCAGGAACUGUCUAAUAUAAUCAAUGAGCUCUGGAAGUUAGACACCAAUCGCUUAAAGCCUGGAACUGAUUACAAGAUCUCAUUACAGGGCCGAGCUGGUUUCAUACCCAAAGGGAGCAAAGUCGCCACUGAUCAUGCUUCAUCUCCUCUCUUCUCCUAUGUGAAUGAGAUCAAACUGAAAUCCAUCACAACAUACACAACUUUCAUGAAGCUGCUGGAUAACUAUGAAAGGUCUACUGGUGUAGCUGAGAAGGUGACAACUGAUGAGAUAGCUGAGAAUAAUGCUUUCCUGGAUGCCAUCUUGAACACAGCAGUCAUGAAGAAAGCUCACCAGUAUUUAGUUGGAAAGGGAAAAUCUAACUCGGACCUGGGGGAGUUUAAGACUCAGCUGUACAAUAUUUGGUUCCGACUUUACCACAGAGAAAGGAAUGGAGGAGAGGACUCCUGUGGCUUUGAACAUGUGUUUGUGGGUGAGACUAAAUCCGGAAGUGAUAUUAUGGGUCUCCACAACUGGAUCCAGUUUUAUCUCCAGGAAAAGCAGAAUUUCCUUGACUAUAAGGGCUACAAAGCAUCAAGAAAUGAUAUGCCGGAUGCAGAUGAUCAUGUGUUGAAUGUGCAGUUCAGCUGGCAUGGUCAGCUGAAACCAGUGGGCAGCACGUUUGUUGGUGUCAGUCCUGAGUUCGAGAUGGCAGUGUUUACCAUCUUCUUCCUGACAUCGAAGGAAAAAAGCAGCACUGUAGUGGUGAAUAUGGACGAGUACCAGGUGCAGCUUGUUGUCAGCAGACAUGGACGCUCCAUCGGCACAUCCUACCCCAAGCUCCUCAGCAACAACAACAGACACCUACAGAGCAACUGAGCUUUUCUUUUAAACAGUUUUACCAAGCUGCAUGUCACAUUUAAGAUUCAACAUUUGUUUUUAAUAGCUAUUGAAUAGUCAUUACAUUUAGCAUUAAGCUAGCAUCACUUAAAAAAACAGAACAUGUAGCAUGUGACUGGGCUAUAAAGACAUGUUUGUAUUUACCAUAACACUGAACUGUUAAAUGUUAGGCUUUUAGGGAAAAAACUCCUAAAUGUAGGGCGUGUCAUGUAAACAAAAUCAAAACUGUAAGCUUUUUGCAUAGUGUAAUUAACCAUUUCAUGUUUAAACCAUUUUAAUAAAUCUACAGCAAAAUAAAA